AAUGCGCUACCUCCGCUCCCGUCACUCUCCAGUCAAAAAGCGUCCCAGAAAAGGAAAGAAAAAAGGAAUUAAAAAAAAAAAUUCACAGAGUAGAAAACCUUUCGAUCUCAGGGAAGAAAGAGAAGAAUCUAUGGCGGUCUCUCUUCCAGUUGUGGCCUCCGUCUGUUUUCUCCAAGUUAUGGCCUUCGUUCUCGCCAUCGGCGCCGAGAAACGCCGGAGCACGGGGAAAGUAAGGGCGGACGAGUACGACGAGCGUACAUACUGCGUUUACGACACGGAUGCAUCGACGGUGUACGGAUUGUCGGCGUUUGCGCUGGUGAUGUUGAGCCAGGCGCUGGUUAACGCCAUCACGAGGUGCCUCUGCUGCCGGCGGGGGAUCUCCGGUGGCGGGCCAGGGGCAUGCGCCAUUACGGCUUUUGUGCUGUCUUGGCUGAGCUUUUUCUUAGCGGAGGCUCUUCUCAUAGCAGGAUCAGUAAGAAAUGCCUACCACACCAAGUACGUGGGCUACUAUAUAAAGAAGGACUUAACAUCAUGUGCAGCACUUCGUAAAGGCGUUUUCGCUGCAGCAGCUGCAAUGAUUUUGAUCUCGUGGGUGUCACUUCUGUCAUAUUACUGGAGCUACUCCAAGUCUGAUACAGGAGGCUGGGUGAGGCACCAAAAUGAUACGGGCAUUGGGAUGGCAGAAUAUGGUCAUGAUAACCCCGAGAUCGGGAAAUCUCAGGUCCGAUGAGUUUUUCUUUCGAGUCUAAGGGUGAUGUUUCUGUGUUAUUAUAUAUAGAGAACAUUGUAUGCUAAAUUAUCAGUAUAGAAGUUUCAGAGGUUUGAACAUGAUGAUUGGGUCUUGAAGUAAUUUUAAGUUUUUCUUUGGGGGUAAAUCGACUAGUUCCUCUUGUUUUGUUGGUGUAAGAUGGAUGGAAAAUCUUCGACUUCUGCUCAAGACUAAUACGUACGCAUGAGAUAUAAUGAUGCAUACCUCUUGUAUCCUGUAUCAGUUUGCGUUGUUAUGUUUAUGAUCAGUUAUCUUGUAA